AUGUUGAGAGCCAAGUACUUCAAUUACACCACAGGAAGCCAAGAGUUUGCUGUAGGAAAGAGACCUCAGCUGGUGGUGCAGAGAAAAUGGAAACCAACUACUCCAUCCAUCUGAAUGGAUCAGAAAUUGUGGUCUAUAAUUCUACCAUCUCCAGAGUUCUGUGGAUCCUCUCGAUGGUGGUUGUCUCCAUCACUUUUUUCCUUGGUGUGCUGGGCAAUGGACUAGUGAUCUGGGUCACUGGAUUCCGGAUGGCAAAAACGGUCACUACUGUAUUUUAUCUGAAUCUAGCUUUGGCUGACUUCUCUUUCACAGCGACUCUACCAUUCCUCCUUGUCUCAAUGGCUAUGAAAGAAAAAUGGCCUUUUGGCUGGUUCCUCUGUAAAUUUGUUCACAUUGUGGUAGACAUAAACCUGUUUGGAAGUGUCUUCCUGAUUGCUGUCAUUGCCUUAGACCGCUGUAUUUGUGUCCUGCAUCCAGUCUGGGCUCAGAACCACCGCACUGUGAGCCUGGCUAGAAAGGUGAUUGUUGGACCCUGGAUUUUUGCUCUGAUUCUCACUUUGCCCAUUUUUAUUUUCAUGACUACCGUUAGAAUUCCGGGAGGAGCUGUGUACUGUACAUUCAACUUUGCAUUUUUGGCUAAAACUGCUGAAGAACAGGUGAAGACAGCUAUCAUUUUUUCAACAACUAGAGGGAUCAUCAGAUUCAUUAUUGGCUUCAGCAUGCCUAUGUGCACUGUCGCCAUCUGCUAUGGACUUAUUGCUGUCAAGAUCCACAGAAGAGCUCUUGUUAAUUCCAGCCGUCCCUCACGAGUCCUUACAGCCGUUGUGGCUUCCUUCUUUAUCUGUUGGUUUCCCUUUCAACUUGUGGCCCUUUUAGGCACAAUCUGGUUCAAAGAGACAUUGUUUAGUGGUUAUAAACUUCUUGACAUGUUGGUAAACCCAACCAGCUCAUUGGCCUACUUUAAUAGUUGCCUCAAUCCAAUGCUUUAUGUUUUCAUGGGCCAGGACUUCCGAGAGAGACUGAUUCAUUCCCUGCCUUCUAGUCUUGAGAGAGCCCUGAGUGAGGACUCUGGGCAGACCAACGACACAGGCAUCAAUUCUGUUUUACCUCCUGCAGACACUGAGAUGAAGGCAAUAUGAAGAUUUGGAUGAGAGAUGCUUUUUGUCCCACCUCAUUCCACUCCAAUGUUGUCCUACCUUAUGUUGUGCCCUAGAGCAUUUUUAAUAUGAAAAAAAUAUCUGUGUACCCUGACCCUGGGAAAUCAAAUAAAAGUCAAAGU